CUUAUCACCAACAAUGUUCCAAUUCCAAACUUCGUCCAAACUUUUUUUGGGGGCGGCUUAAUUCGACGUACGGGUUUAAAAUAUAUAAUAACUCUUACCACAUAGAGUUCUCUAAGAUGGACGCCCUAUACUUCGAUACUUUUGGCGAACGCCCGAUUGAUAACUCUGACCCGACCGACAUCCACAGCGGUUACUCGUCCUGCUCCGAAGCGGAAGACACCCCGUGUCCCAAAUGUCUGAGAACACGCGGGAAACUUUGCCGAAAAUGCAAGCUCAGACUACGCGCUCGGGGCGAUUCCAAAGACAAUGCCAAGUCGUCGUUAGAAUUCGUCUCAAGCCGAAAUUCAAAUAAAUCGAAUGACUCUACACCGGGACGGCAUCUAGAAAGUUUAGGCUUAUCGAAAUUAAAAAUGCCGCGCCGUGUGAAAUCAGAUGAUUUAUCUACCGUAGAACAUGACUCGCCCGCGGAAGUUAACAUAGAAGAAACUUCAAACUACAUGCUGUGGGGUGCGAAUAGUCGUAGCAGCUAUAGGAGAUACGAGAACGAAGGCUGGGAUCACGGUCAAUGCCACAAAUGGAGCCAAACGGACUAUAGGUCAUGGACGUAUGGAAAAUACCAAGAAUGGGACCAAAACGGAUCUACUGAAUGGAGUUACAACAAGUACGAGGAAUGGCAUCGACGGGACUACACCGAGAACUUGCUCGGCCGCCGCAAACGCAGCCACUUCGUUCGGGGCAGAGCGUUGCAACCCUUCCGGAUCCGAUCGAUGAACCCACGCAUCGACCGUGACGAGCCGCGCUACAUGGCUGAGAUAUGGCAGUACACUUCCCGGAAGCGGGCGCCGAAUCCGCGUCUGAUGCUUUACGGCAUGCAGAGCUGCGGGAUAUUGACGCUGCCGUACGGCUCUAGAGUCUAUGCUCGACAGCGGACGCUGAAUCUGAAAUAUACUACCGAUUACCUUUGGUUUAUGCUUUUGAAGUGGUCUGUUAGGAUAUGUAGGAGCCUUGUGGCUGUUGUCGUUGGACUCUUCCGGUAUGGGAGAUUACCUGCACCAGUGCCGGAAGAACUAGAUUAGAACCUGGGGAUUGUGCAUACGGGGUUUUGAUAUCGCAUACUUGAUUGCGUUGAUAGAAUAUGUCUUUGCUUUUACUUUCAGAAAGAACCGAGAUGGUAAGGACUCAAGAGGGCAUAUAUAAGGCAGCUUGACUCCUCCCACGUAUCCAACAUUCUAUUUACUCUACGGUCCAAUUAGUCCUCGUGUUGAGAAAAGCUGACUCUGCGCAAUGCGCAUGGAAA